AUGGCUACAUAUGGGAAAAACGACAAUCUCGAAUCACGUCUGGCUACACAACGACAGCUCUACGUUUCAAAUGAAGAAACAAUGCGGGCAAAAGAUCUAGAACAUCGUAAUUUGAAAGCGAAAAUCAUGAGCGCUGAACUGCACAUUCGCGAGAAGGAUAGCAAAAUCAACCAGUUGAUGAGUCAAUUAGAAGCCCUACGACUCGAACAUUCACAAGUGAGUGCGGAGCGACAAAGGUUGAGCAACAUCGCGAAAGACGUUGAACAUGACAUGAAAGCUUACGAGAGUGACAGCAAGAAACUACUGCAAGAACGUGAACAACUGAUCAAGCGACUAACAGAAGUGGAGAGCGAAAAUAAGGUUUGUUAA